CCCUUGGACUAGGGAUGUUAAAAUGAGUAAUUACCCAUGGGUGUACGGUGUACCCAAACCCACAAGUAUUGGGUUGUGUUUUUGCCUUUCAAUAAAUAAAUGGGUUCACAAUGGGCUUUUACCCUUAAAUAAAUAAAUGAAUUUACACUAUAUGGGUAAACCCAAUAGAGUGAAUGGGUACCCACAAAUCUAAAAAAUACUAAAUGACGACGUUAAAACUUCUCCUCCUUCUCUGAGACUCCGACUUCGAAACCUCCAUCGUCUUCUCUGAGACUCCGACUCUCCCUCUAAUCUAAAGUCUGAAACUCUGAAUCGUCGAGUUUCACCGUCUCUCUCAGGUUCUCCCUCCCCCUCUCUCUCUCUCUCUCUCUCUCUCUCUCUCUCUCUCUCUCUCUCGAUCUCUCUAUCUCUCUUGUUUUGAUUUUGAUUGUUUUCUUGUCUCAGGGAAGAAACUUCAUCAGGUUUUGAUUCUGAUUGUUCGCUUGUCUCUGCAGCAAACCCAUUAUCAGGUUUCCUCUCCAACUCUCUUCUCUAGCUUCUUUUGAUAGUGAAAGAAAAUUAGUGUUGUUGAUGAAAAAUUUGGGUAUUAUUGAAUGUGUUCGUCGAAAUGUCCCAAAGAGAAUCUCUCUUGUUUUAUAUAAAACUAUUUUGCCCAAUUCUCUUGUGAUAUGUUACUCUUCCGUGUCUUUGCGUUUAAUCAUAUAUGUAGAUUGUGGAAAAUUUACAUUUUUUAAGAGUUGAAAGAAGACCCUUUUAGUGUAGAAGUUAAAGUAUAUGUAGAAUGUUAUGGUAUGUUACUGUGUUUGCUUGAUCUCUUUGCAUCAACUUCUCUUUGUAUAUGUAGAUGGAUUCCCAGUCAGUGAGAGUACUUGCAGGACUUGAAGAGCAACUAGAUAUGGACAGAGAGGAGAAUGAAGCUGAACUUCAAGGAGCCCACAGUGAAACUCAAGUGACUCAACCAACAAAAACGGUAUUUCAGUCUAACAAACGCUUAAAGGCUGAUGUUUGGAAGGAAUACAUACCGGUAGGUGUAGGGAUAGAUGGAAAAAAACAGAGGGCGUUGCAUUUAUUGUUGUAAGGAGUUAGUAAUAGAAGUUAAGAAUGGAACAUCAUCUUUGAAACGGCAUUUAGAAAUCUGUCCAGUGAAGCCUCAAAGUGAUGGCAAUGCUGAAAGGAAGUAUGAUCACAAUGUAAAUCGCGAAAUGACUAGUGAGCUUAUUAUCUAUCAUGAUUUGCCUUUUCGGUAUGUGAAGUACGAGAAGGUUAGGGCAAGAGAUAAAUAUCUAAACCCAAAGUGUGUGCCUAUAUGCCGACAAACCGCUGCUGCUGAUGUCUUCAGGAAAUAUGAGAUGGAGAAAGCAAAGCUCAAAAGACUUUUUGCAAAUCUCAAAAGCCGAGUGUGUUUUACGACAGAUCUUUGGUCAGCUCGCACGGUGAUGGGGUACAUUUGUUUGACUGCCAACUAUAUUGACAAUGGUUGGACCAUAAACAACAAGAUCUUGGCGUUUUGUGAAAUCAAGCCUCCUCACACGGGUGAUGAAAUAGCUAAAAAGGUGUUGGGUUGCUUGAAGGAGUGGGGCUUGGAAAAUAAGGUAUUCUCCUUCACCUUAGAUAACGCUACUAGUAACACUAGUAUGCAAAAGAUUCUUACACAUCGUCUUCAGAUGGUUGCUGGAAAUAGAUUGCCAUGUAAUGGAAAGUUCUUACACGUGAGGUGUUGUGCCCAUAUCCUAAAUCUUAUAGUGAAGGAAGGAAUAGAAUUAGCUAAUAGUCUGUUGGAGAAUAUCCGCGAGAGCGUGAGGUUUGUGAAAGCCUCUCAAUCAAGGAAAGAUGCUUUUGCUGCUUGUGUUGAAAGUUCAGGGACUACGGGUAGCUUAGGAUUGUCUUUAGAUUUAUCUACUCGCUGGAAUUCAACCUAUGAUAUGCUCGCAAGGGCUCUUAAGUUCCGUAUGGCGUUUGCUAGUUACAAAGUUUGUGAUAGGAGCUAUAACACGCUGCCUUCAGAGGAAGAAUGGGAACGUGGGCAGAAAAUUUGUGACUUCCUGAAGCCUUUCAGUACCAUCACAACAUACUUCUCAGGUGUGAAAUAUCCAACUGCGAAUAUAUACUUCAUUCAAGUUUGGAAUAUCGAAUUGCUAUUAAGGAAAUAUGCAGAUUGUGAUGAUGAGGAUUUGAGGUUAAUGGCUAGGAGGAUGCAAAUCGAAUUUACAAAGUACUGGGAUGAUUAUAGCAUAGUUUUAGCGAUGGGAGCUAUGUUGGAUCCAAGGUUCAAGACUCAGAUACUCAAAAAAGCUUUUGAUAGGUUAGAUCCAACUACUUCCGAGAAAAAAGUUAAAGUUAUAGUGCAGAAUCUGAAGGAUCUGUACGAAGAGUAUACGAGCAAGCUUGUGACGGGUUCAUCUUCUAGUUCUAACUAUUCAUCAACACCAGAUGACCUUCUUAAUGAAUCACCCCUUGAUGAUGAUUUGAACGCUGAUCUUUUUGAACUUGAAAGGAGUAUUCACCAUGGUUCAGAUAACACAAAGACGAGUUUGGAAUUGUAUUUGGAAGCCGAGGCUUGAGUUAAAAGCUUUUGCAGAUAUAGAAGUUUUGAGCUAUUGGAAAGAAAAUGGGCAUCACCAUGGUGACUUAGCUGUGCUAGCAAUGGAUCUUCUCAGUAUCCCAAUAACUACAGUUGCAUCAGAGUCCGCUUUCAGUAUCGGUGGUCGUGUAUUGACCCCAUACAGAAACCGCCUUUUUCCAGACAAUGUGCAAGCAUUGCUUUGCACUCGUAACUGGUUGCGUGGUUAUCCAGAACUUGAAGGUGAUAUUGAAGAUAAUUUCGAUGAGGAAGCUACAAAUGUUGCAAGUUCUUCAGGAGUAUGAGAGAGAUUCAAGAUUCAAGAAGCUACAAAUAUUGCAAACUACUAUUUAUUUUAAUCUGAAUAAAAAUACUUUUGCUACUUCUUUACAAAUGUUGCAAGCUACAAUUUGUUUCAAUCUGAAUCAAAUAUAAAUUUAUUAUAAUUGUGAUUUUAAUAUUUAUGCAUAGAUAUUUAAAUUAUCUUUUUAUUAGUAUAUAAAAUGUAUAAUUUGAUUAUGUAUGCAAAAAGAUAUAAAUAUUUUACAUGAUCUCUUUACAACAAAUAAAAUAGUUUGGGUACCCAUGGGUAAACCUAUACCCUACUGGGUUAUUUUAUGGGUUUUAAUUUAAUCAUAAUGUUUUUGGAUUUUCGCGGGCUGGGCAUAAACUGGGUCGGGUUUUUUGUGGGUUGGGCUGGGCUGGGUUAUUUCACCUAUUUUAACAUCCCUACCUUGGACAAGCCGUUUGAGGAAGCUUACUUUACCCACAUGUUGUGGAUGUUCUUCAGAGAGACCAAGGAAACUGAACAUGACAUACAUAGGAUGUUCAAUCAGGUCAGAGAGAAGAUGAAGCAGAGGAUUACACUAAAGAAGAUGAGUGAUCCUGGGAAAUUUGCAGUGCCAUGUUUGUUGAAGGGCAUUGAAUUCAUGUGUGCGCUGUGUGACACAGGUUCAUCAAUCAGCAUACUAACCAAGAUAAUGGCAGACCAUCUGGGUCUGAAGAUAGAGCCUUCGGAGGAUUCAUUCACUUUUUUGGACUAUUCUACGAGGAACUCAGGAGGAAUCACCAGAAACCUUGAGGUGGAGAUUGGUAAUGCACUAGUUCCAGUUGACUUCCAUGUCCUAGACAACAAACUGAACAUGAAUCAUUCUCUACUCCCUUGGAGAGCCUUCAUGGCUACGGUAUGGGCAGUUUGCAACAUGCAGACUAAUCAGUUGUGUCUAACACUGAUAAACCAUGAUGUCUACUAUGAUCCAGUCAGAAUUGACAAGCCACAUACGUCCAACACUGGAGUUGAUACAAGAUUCAUAGCAGCAUGCUACUGUGAAUUUGAAGCUGAAUACUAGACAAAGUGUGAAGCAUCAAUCGACAGCCAUACUCAACCAUCGAUCGACAAUGCCAUUCAGCCAACGAUCGAUAACCACCUAGGAAAUCGAUCGACAGUAGUCAUGCGAAUGAAACUUUCGCUUUGCCAAAACACUGCUAUCCGAGUUUUGUAGUUAACACCCAGCCUCAGAUAUCGAUUGAUUACCAUUACGGUGACACGAUCAGCAGACAUGACGACUAUUAUAUUGGCAGUUGAGAAAAUGAUAGCCAUCAUGAGAGCUUUGCAGUUGACAUUGCACUACAUGAGAUGCGAUCUGAGGAGUAUGACGAGGAUUACCCCAGAGAGAAGAAUAUCGAGUAUCAUGGUGUUGCCAUGGAAGAAGAAGGAGUUCUCCAUACAUCACAUGCAGAUAAGAAGGCAAAAUUAAAUCGACAUCAACACCAAGCCAUCGAUUGACGCUCAUCACACACCAAAUUCCGAGGUACAAGUAAAAGAUAAUACAAAUUAUGCUUAUCUAACUCCAUAUGAAUAUGGUAUUUUCAGGGAUCCAGAAGGCCAAGCACGAGCCCUGGAUGGACACAUUCUCAACAUAUCCAGGGAGGAAAUUGCUGAAAUCAUUUCCAUGAAUGGGUCCAGAAACUUAAUAGACACUCAUAACAGAGCAGAGGAUCCAUCAUCGAUCGACGAAGCAGAUGCACCAUCAAUCGACGGUCAGUCCGAAUUGAGACGAAGAGCGCUUCUCUAGAACAGGAAAAUGAAACCUCAUUGGGAGAUGAAUUUGGUAUUUUCAGGGAUCCAGAAGGCCAAGCACGAUCCAUGGAUGGACACAUUCUCAACAUAUCCAGGGAGGAAAUUGCUGAAAUCAUUGCCAUGAAUGGGUCUAGAAAAUUCUUAGACACGCAGAACAUAGCAGAGGAUCCACCAUUGAUCGGCGAAGCAGAUGCACCAUGGAUCGACGGUCAGUCCGAAUUGAGACGAAGAUCGCUUCAUCAGAACAUGAAAAUGAAACCUCAUUGGGAGAUGAAAAACGAGUAUAGUGUAACAUCAACCGUGCAGAACAAGCCACUUACAUCAAAGCAGAGAUUGAUGAGUUGGUAGCAGAUAUCUAUAGAGCUAUGAGGACGACAUAUGAUUAUCAUUCCAAGAGGCUCGAUGACAUCUACUACCCAUUCAACAACAAUAUAAGCUGGUUAACCACACGCACAGAUGAUAUGAAGCAAGACAUAGCCAUGAUUCAAGAACAACAUGCAGUCGGUGGAGGAGCAUAGAAAUCGAUUGCCGCUCACAUUUAACAAUAGAUCGACGCCCACAUCCGUACAUCGAUCGACGCUCAACUUGCAUCAUUUGAAGAUAGGCUACAAUCAUUCACCUAUAGGCUUAAUGGUAUCUACUACCCGCUCCGUGACGACAUAGAUUCAUUGACUACACACAUGAACGCACUGCAGCAGGAGAAAUACACGAUUCAGAGACUUCUAUAUUUUCAAGCAGAGCAGUCACCAUCGAUCGACAGCGAUUAUACAACAUUAUGAGGCAAGCUGGUAACCGAGAAAUUCUUACAUGAUAAGCUUGAUGAUAUCACUUUCUCUCAAGACUUGUUGAAAGAAGAUAUCUAUUAAGAGUUGAAGGACAUCACAGAAUCAACACAUGCCAGACUUGGAAUUCACCAGUGCAGCAUUGGUAAUCUUCAGAAUAGGAUGCAUGUCAUUGAGGUUGAUAAGGAGAUACUGAAAAAUCAGUGGACCAGAGGAAAUAAGACCAUAAGAAGCUUCAUUGGUACAUGGUUCCAGAUGAGCAACGAAGAUGUAGACACUUGUUUCCCAACAAGUAGUCAUCCACCUCCUUACUAGCCAAAAACAGCUUCCAAAGUCAAGCUAAAUGACUAUUACAAAGCGCUGAGUGGGAAGCAACCCACUAUUAGGUAAUUUUUUUUCAGUUUUCACUUUUUAAAUUAUUUAUUUUUUCAUUCAAUUUAUUGCAGGUAUAAAAAACAGAAAAACCAAAAAGAGACCCGAGGAGACGAUUACUCAGUCAUCGACCGAUGAGACCAAGUCGACGUCGUUCGACAUCACGACACCAGAAACGAUUGAUAGACACUUCAAUGUGUCAAUCGACAUCGACAUCCGCGAUCAGGUAUAUAGUUUUCCUUGUUACAUUAUGUACUUAUGAUUUAUGUUCUCACCAAACUCCGACUAGAUAUACACUAGGGAUAGUGUAAUUUAAGUCUAGGGGAAAGUUUACUGAUAUUAAUUUACCUAUGAGUUUUAUAAAUGUUUUCAAAAAGUUUUAUUGAGUCAAGAAGGGGACAAUGAACUUUUUUCAAUUUCCCUCACUUAUCUAACCACUCUUUAGCAUCAUUCUUAGAUUUAUUAACUGCAGAUUGUAUUAUAGAUGCUAAAGUGGAUCAUCCUGCCAAUUAUUCACACUUGCUGAGACUGUUUGAAGGAACCAAAUCCAACCUCCAACCUAAUUGAGCUCAACUUGCUUGUCUUGGGGCAUGGUAUAUAUUGGAUCGGAAUCCUCCUUCAAGUCUGGAAGGUAUUAGACUUAGUGUCCCUGGUUUUCCUUCAACCUUUCUUUGGCAUCCAUAUAUAUAUUUACAGAAGAUUGAGUUGAUUUCUUGCCGUUUAGAAGGGUAGGAGUGUCUACAGCGACCCCAUUAUUUUACUCUAAUAGAAUGAUCACACAUUGUUUGGAAGCGAGGGGUAAAUACAUUAUCGAUGACCUUACUAUUUCGCCUACAACUUUGCCUAGUAAUAAAAAUAAAUAAAUAAUAAAUAUAUAUAUAUAUAUAUAUAUAUAUAUAUAUAUAUAUAUAUAUAUAUAUAUAUAUUUAUAUAUACUAUAUAUAUAUAAAUAUAUAUAUAUAUAUAUAUACUAUAAAUUGGAUUCAGAGAAAAGAGAAGAGAUAAGGAAAACCAGAAAAGGGUUACCUCUAGGUCCAGAUACUUGCUUAAGUGGAUUCCAUGGGUUUAGUGAUCGAUAUUCCCAAGGCAAAGCAUACAAUUUUGUUUUAUGUAAGAAAUAAGGUCAGGAGAGGUUUAGUCAUACAUGAUUAGUUAAGUUGUUGGAUGAAUGAAAUUGGUUGCUAAACUAGGAUAUUGCAUAUAAAGUACUUUUGAAGUUGAGAUUGAUUUGAUGUGGAAUAUUGCUGAGGUGAUGAUAGUGAGUUCUUAAAUUGUGUGAGUCCCUGCUGUUUUCAAAUCUCUUUCAGAGAGACUGCUCAUUGUUUUGCUUGAGGACAAGCAAAAGAAUAAGUUUGAGGGAGUUGAUAUACCAUAGAUUUUACCCACUUGGUAUAUAGGUGUUUUUAAAUACAUUAUAGCUGUUUUAGAGUCUUUUUAAUACGUUUUCAGGUUUUGGAGUGAUUUGGAGGAAAAAAAUGAUUUUGGUGCAUUUUGGAGAUAAAGUGAAAAGGACCUGUAACUCCUGUACGAAAACGCGGGCGCGGAGACCGAUUACGCAGCAUCGAAACGUUCGGCGGAGAUCAGCCGCAACAUUUCAUGAAAAUUUGUUAAAAAAUUGGGUUCACCAAAAAAGUUCGUCUUUUCAGGUUUUAAAUGCUUAAAUCGAGUUGUACAUGCGAGAUCUACGAGUUUGAUGAAAAAACAAUAAGAAAAACGAAAGAUUUGAGUGAAUGGUGAUAGACUAAAUUAGUGGCUAUGGUAAGAGUUGCAGAAACUCCAAGCGACAAGAAAGGAAGAAGAAGGUUUAAUUAUAGUUUUGCCAUUAUUUAAAGAAGAGAUUAAAGAAAACACGCUUCUAGGGCCUCAUAUCGAAGACGUGACAUAAUGCUUAAAAAGCAGCUAACCUUCCACCAGAGUACAAGACAAUAUGUGUUUCAUUACGAAAAUUGAUUAAUAUAUAUACAGUUUUAGAAAUAUUAAAAAAUCACUUAAAACUAGGCCCCGAUUAAUCUCUGAUUACUCUCCGAAUUUAUGUUAACUCGCUAGGCUUAGACCAGCCGUCUCACUUACGCCUAGCGUAGUUCCGAACAGGGCCCGUAACUGACCAUCGAACAGUCUGGCUGUCGAUGAUUGAAGAUUAUAAUCGAUCGACACAUACCAUGUGUUUUCGAUCGACGGCGAAGUGCGCAAAGACCAGACUUGGUUCCAGCGAACUUUUAAGCCCAAGUCCCAAAAGAAUUACCAAAUUUCCCCUGACGAGUUUUAACUUAAUAUUUAUGUGCUCUGUCAUUGUUCUAGGAAACACACGCUUUCAUACUUUCUUACACAGCAAAAUACUUAGAGUUUUAGGUUUGGAGAGAAGAUCCAAGACUCCUUCAGAGAUUUGUGAAUGGAACUCCAAGUUUUUCUACUCUUAUCUAUUCUAUGCAGUUUUACUAUUGUCUUGUUAUGAAUUGUUUAACUAUGUAUGAGUAGUUCUCUUUGUUAGAUUUAGGGUUCAGAUAUUCAUGAGGGAUUACCUCAAAAUAUGUAGUUGCUAAGUGUUUGGAUAUCAAUCAAUUGAACUGUUCUUUAAUGGAUGUGUUCUAAAGUAGCUGACUAGGACCUUGUCCAUAGAUAUUAGGGCGCAAGCGGAAGCAUGGUCAUUUGUCUGAUCUAGUUUACAUUGUGCUAGGAUUGCUAGAAAAAAGCGACAGCUGAUUUAGUUUAACCAAGUGAACAAGUCAAACCCGUGCGGUAAAGCUUACUGGAAGGAAUGUUGAUCAACAACUCAGUAGUUGCACCGAUCGACGGGCUGAAAGGUGUAUCGAUCAAAAAUUCAUAAUUGGUAUCGAUCGACACUUUUUCAAGACCAACAAGCGACAUCUGAAUAUAGAUCUGGCAAUAGAUAGUCUAAAUAUACGGAAGUUGAUCGACUAUUCUUUUAGUUUGAAUUCUAGAAUAUCCAACAUACACUUAGUCUCUAUAUCUCUAUAACCCUGAUUGUCUGAAUAGAAACUCUAAGUCUAACGCCUUUCAUAUCUGUUUCAAAACCCCAAUCAAUCAACCGAGCAAUUACCUUGCUCACACCAAUGCUAUUUACAUUUAAACAUGUUUUCCUAGCUAACCACAUAACUACUAGAUCUUUUGUGUGUCUUAGCUCCUUGUGAAUUUGAUCCUUAUGUGCUACAACUCGACUUCUUAUUUGAGAGAGUACAAAUCACUCCUUAGGAUAAUUUGAGUGAUAUCACUUACUUACAAUCUACGGAGGAUAACAUGUUUCUUAUAGCAAGCCAAGUAAAACAUAGUAUCUUAACACACAUUGUCAACAGGGGCCAUCCCUGUAGGCGAUCUAUUAAAGUUUUCAACUAAUUUUUUAAUAUAAAUUUGAGAGUAAAAAAUUUUCUCAGGGGAAUAUAAUUUUCAUCAAAACAUUUGGAGGCAUGUAACAAAUGUUUCAUUUACAUGACCCAUGACCGACCCUGCACAUUGUUAGAACCACAUUAUCUAUAUCUAAUCAAUUUUGUCUUUCCUUAUUUAAUAAUUCCCAUUUCUUUGUAGAAAGAAAGUUUAUGCAUACUGAACUAACGGUCAAUCGAAAAAUAUUAUCUCCCAUCGAAAACUCUAGCCAUCAAGAGAAAAAGAGAGAGAUUUUUCUUAGUUUCAAGCCGAUGACCGGAGGCUUCUAUAGCUCUGACAUCGGCUUGUUUGGUUCGUUUUGCUUCUUUUUUUUUUGCUUUACUUUCUAUCAUUUGAUUUGUUUGAUUGUCAAUUUAUUUUAAAUGCGGAAAUUUUAUUGUUCUUUUGUAUGUUUCUUCCAAUAGAUUUAGUAAGCCAAAAACUUCGGUUCAAUUGAACCGUUUAGAAAAGGUAAUUGACAUAUCUAAUGCAGAUGGUGGCGACGGGUCUUACCGGCUUCUCGUUGAUGGUUCUUCAUUUGAUGGUGAUGGAUUUUUUGCUGCAAACUAUGGUUACUCUGAAAAUGGUAAUCUUUUUGACUCUAUUAUUUUCAAAAGAGUAAUAUAAAGAUUUGUCUGGUCUCGGUGACUCCUACUGGAGUAUUAAAAAGAGAGUGACAAUCGUUCGCAAUUCAGUUUAAAUCAUGGCGUCUUUGGAUUAAUACGAAGAUUAUCUCAUUUGCGAUUCAACUAUUCCAAAAGCAAAUUUGAAGCUUUUAUAUAUAAAAUCUUUGGUCAUCCACUCGCAAGAUAAAUAUGUGUUAGUUUACUUUGGAUCCCUACUAAUAUUAUCAUUUUUCUAUAUUUGUUUGGCUAAUUCUCAUUGUUUAAUUUAUUUGCCUAAAAGGCUUAAUAAUACAAUUGAAAAAAAAAGAACUAACGGUCAUUACUCGAGACUACGAAUCAUAAAGAAUCAUGGUCGAGAUUACCCGGAAAAAAAUCACACAAUGGAAAGAAGCAUCCAACUCAA